UAGAGCAUGCUCGAAACAUUUACACAAUUCAAGUGUAUAUACUAUUUGAGGAUAAUUUUGUGAGUGGUGUUCCUUGCACAGCAAAGAUAAUAGGAAUUCAACAUCCUCUUUAUGAGUAUCAUGUUGGGCAUACAAAGAGGGAUUUGAUCAUGCACACUGUUUCUUUUGAUGAAUCAUUGGUUUCAGUUGAUUGUGCAUGCAAAUAUUUUAGUGAGGUUGGACUACUAUGAAAGCAUUCAUUGCGUGUUCUUCAUUUGAACAACAUCACCUACAUCCCAAAGAGGUAUAUUAUGAAGAGAUGGACAAAGGCUGCAAUGUGUACUCGGGUUGAUGAUAAUGUUGUAGCUGAAUCGGGAGUUACACCUUCAAAUGUGUGGAGAUUACAUAUUAUUAGGAAUUUUAUAAGGCUUCCUGAUCGUGCACAAAUUGAUUUAAAGUCGCGAACUGUCAUUGAGGAAGCUAUUGAUGAGUGCACCAACAAAAUUGAUAUUCUUCUAAGGAAAGAUGAAAGUGAAAAUCAAGAGUCUUCAAAUACUGAUUGUCAGUCAACUGUAACACAAGAUCAAGGAGAUGGUAAUUUGUUGGAACCACAAGGAGUAAAUGAAGAAUGUGUUCCUCAAACUGAAGAUGUGAAUGGUAAACAAAAAGCUGUAGUUCAAGUAGAAAUUAAAGAUCCUAUCAAGAGAAGAAAGAAGGGGCAAAGAAACACUAGACCUAAGAGUACACAAGAAAAGAUAACCAACAAGCUAAAGGGUCAAAAAAUCAAGUCAUGGAAAAGGAAAACAACAAGAGGUGUUUCAAAAUUGAAACAAAAAGCUCAAACUACGAUUAAGGAAUUUAUGGUUGUACCAAAAGGAAACAUAUUGGCACAUUCAAAUGAGUUUGGAGGAUCAUUAGAGUAUUUUGAACCUGAUGAGUAUUUUGGAGUUCAUGUACUUCCUUUUGAACCUUGUCAUUAGUAAGAAAAUUUAGAUUUAAUGUUAGUUUUACUUUUUUUUUUAUAUAUUUUGUAGUAGAUUCAGCAUAUUAAAGGUUUUUUGAACUUAUAUGAUUUCUUAUAUAGCAUAUUAUGCACACUUGUAUUCAUUUCAAAUCAAAUAAACAAUAGUCAUUGAUUAAAAAGAACAUGUCAUUGAUUAAAAAGAACAUGUUCUUUAGUCAAAAGAACAUAUCAUAAAUUGUAAAAGAACAUUACUUAUAUAAUAGGAAUAUGUUUUUUGCAAAAAAAAGAACCAAGUCAUAUAAAUACAUAUAAAUAAUUGAAAAAAUAAUAAACUGCUGCUAUUACGUUAAUGUUUCAACAUCCAAAUAAACCUGAAAUUUUAAAUGUUCCCUAAUUCUUUGAAAUGUUUUUUGGCACGAGCACACAUUUCUGGUUUCUUCAUGUUGAGAUCAGUGGUGAUAAGCUCAUAUGUGUACCUCAAUCUUAGCUUCUUCAAUGCAUCAAACUGUAAAAAGUGAAUGAAUAAAUUACAACUCAGUCAAUAAAAACAAAGCACAAAUUCAUUUAUAGAUAGACAAAUCUUACAUUAUUAGCUUUGAGACCACAAGUCCAUUUUUUCUUCCCAAAAUAUGUUUCCAUGUGUCUCAUUGCAUACACACCACAAUCAAUAUUGUUUUUCUCAGUCCUCCAUGGCAUUUGAACUAACUUCACAGGGUAAUUGGACAUGUUCUCCCCUAUUUUAAUAUCUUUGCUUUGCAAGUAUAACCCAAGAGCAUCUCUCUAUUAAAAAAGAUUAUAAGUUAUUAUCAUAAAGAACAUAAAAAAAAAAAACAUAACGGUUGACUAAAAAGAACAUACGACACUGAAUUCUUACUAAUUUUUCAGGAUAGUCAAAAUAUUUAUUCUCCAUUGGGAUUCCAUCUGCAAGUGGUCUGUUGUCAAGUAUAUCUACUGUCUUUGUCCUAGUGUUGAUGACAACAACAUAGAAAUGUACAGAUACGUACACAGGGAAGAAGAACUGAAACAUUUAAAAAGAACAUGUCAUCGAAGAAAAAGAACAUAAGUAUUAAAUAAAGAACAUGUUAUUGUCUACAAAAGAACAUAACUAGUAAAUAAAGAACAUGUUAUCUAUAAACAAAAAGAACAAACUACAACAAAUUAAAAUGAACAUAAGUGGUAAAUAAAGAACAUGUUACCUAAAAGAAAUAGCAUACUAUAGCUUAUGAAGAAAAAAAUUUCAACUUACCAAUUGAUAUCCAUCUGAAGAAAAAGAACAUUCAUGGUACAAUAAAGAACAUUUCACUAAAAAGAACAUCCAUAAUAUAUAAAAGAACAUGCACACUGAAAAAGAACGUUCAUGAUACAUAAAAAGAACAUCCAGAAUAUAUAAAAAAACAUGUGAUUAAAAAGAACAUGUUCUUUAGUUAAAAGAACAUAAGUAUUAAAUAAAAAACAUGUCAUUGACUACAAAAGAACAUAACUAGUAAAUAAAGAACAUGUUAUUUAUAAACAAAAAGAACAAGCUACAACAAACUAAAAUGAACAUAAGUGGUAAAUAAAGAACAUGUUACUUAAAAAAAAUAGCAUACUAUAGCAUAUGAAUAAAAAAAUUUCAACUUACCAAUUGAUAUUCUUCUGCAGAUUCUAUUUUGUUACUUUCAUUGAGCCAAAAAUGCAUAGUCUCAAAAAAUUUGUCAAUCCUAUAUCUAGGUGUUGGUGAUUGACUAUCAUCAGCAUAUGACUCAUUCAUGCAUAGUUGAUUCUUUAAAAAAAAAAAAUCAUAUAAAAAAAAUUUGAACACAAUAAUUAAAAAAUAAAGGAAUAAAAAGAACAUAUUUCACUAAAAAGAACAUAUCUCACUAAAAAGAUCAUCAGGAAUUAUGUUACUCACAAAGGCAUUGUUUGCAAAGAAAAUCCUUUUUUUAUCAUCAACAGAAUUCCUUGAAUUGAGGAUUAAUGCCCAAGCAUCAAUAAUAUCAGUGUAUAAAUACACAUUGCCCCCAAGUGUUCUGAAUAUUUCUCUUGUCAAAUUUGUAUGCCCAUCAUCAUACAUCCAUUCACUAGGAAAACAAUAUGAAAUUGUAUAAGUUAAAUAUAAACAAGAGAAAAUGAUAGUAUAUACUGCUCUUUAAUAUGUACCAAACUUACUCGUCAUCGAGUUCUGGGGCAUAUGCAUACUCUAAUAUAGCAUGCUCAAACUCUUUUGUUCCUUCUAUCAUAUGAGAAUAUUUUACAAGGUAAGGUGACUUGUAAAUAUAUGCCUCCUUUCUAACCCUUUUGACAGCUUUAGGGGAUCCACUAUAAAAAAAAUAAAAAAAAAAUAAAAAAAUUGCAAACUAUCAUAAGUUAAAGAACAUUCAUAUAUAUUAACAAAAAAAAAAGAACAUUUAAUAUUUUUUAUACAAAAAAAAAAACAUUUAAUAUAAAUUAUAAAGAACAUUUGCCACAAUCAAAAUGAACAUGCUUACUGAAAAGUUUAAUAAUACUAUUAAAAAGAUCAUCCACUUAAAAGUUUAUUUAUAACAUGCACACUGAAAAAAACAUUCAUGAUACAUAUCUAAAGAACAUUUAUAACAUUGAAAAAGAACAACAACUAAAAAGA